AACUCAGACAAUGGACGCAGGCUGAGGUAGGUCGUCCCGCUCAGAUACAGGCAGCACCGACUCACCAUUCCUCAUUCCUUCGUGGGACAAGCAGGAGCCUCAUCCCCAGACCAUGGCAAAUCCACUGUCCCGUACAGUAAUGGUGACAGGCAGCAGCAGGGGCCUGGGCCUAGAGAUCGUGCGCCAACUUGCUGUCGCUGACAAUCCUCCGAAGGUUAUAAUAGCAACGUGUAGGAAUCCUGACAAAGCUACGGAACUGCAGGCCUUGGCACGGGAUCACCAGCAAAUUAAGGUGAUCAAAUUUGAUGUGGUGGACUACAAAUCACUGCCAAGUGUGGUAGAGGAGGUGAAGGCUGCGGUGGGGAGUCUGGGCCUCAACUUGCUGGUGAAUAACGCCGGGAUCAUGGAGAAGUGCUCUACACAGAUGUUCGGUGUGCCUCUGCAAGACCUGGAGCCGCAGAUGUUUCGGAACGUCCUCGAGACCAAUACCAUUGCUCCGCUCAUGCUGAUCAAGGCCUUGCUUCCCCAGCUGAGGGUGGCGGCGGCGGCGACGAGUGGGCCGGCGGGGGCGCCACGUGCGAUGGUGGUGAACAUUUCUUCCAUUAUGGCCAGCAUGGGCACCUUUCUGGACAGGCACGGCAUAUAUGCAUACCGCUCCAGCAAGACGGCUCUCAACAUGGUCACCAAAAUCCUGGCUGAGGACCCCGAGAUGAAGGGCUUGCUGUUCGUGGCGAUACACCCUGGGUGGGUCCGCACCGAUAUGGGCACCACCGUGGCGCCGCUCAGAGCCGAGGACAGCGUCUCCCAGAUGCUGCGUGUGGUUGCGAACAUCAAUGAAAAACAAAACGGCGUCCUGCUCAACUACGACGGUUCUGUCCUGCCGUGGUGACUGUGGUGGUUUGUGUGGGCGGCCUGUCUGCAUGAGCCCGUCGACGUCUUACUGGGGUUGACGUUACUGAUGGUACGACACCCAUUUAACUGUUCUUGAAUGAAUAAAAAGAAUAAAUAAAAA